AUGGCGGGCAUGGACAGCGGCUCCUCCGCACACUCGUCGACCAUGAUGUCGGUCUUCCAAACGUCCAUGAGCACGGCGCUGUACUCGAGCAGCUGGACACCUACGACGGUGGGCACGUACGCAGGAACUUGCAUCUUUUUGAUCUCGCUGGCCACCGUUUUCCGCGGCUUGCUGGCCCUCAAGGCGUGGCAGGAGCAUCGAUGGCUCGACGCCGAGCUCCAGCGCCGCUACGUCGUCGUCAACGGCAAGGCACCCCUGGCCGAGGCGCUCAGUCGCGACUCGCUCGCCAAGCAGGCCCACCUCGUCCUGAGUGAGAACGGCGUCGAGGAGAAUGUCCUCGUCGUCCGCAACCGCCCCGCCGCCGCCUUCGCCAGGCCCUGGCGGCUGACCGUCGACCCCCUGCGCGCGCUGAUCGAUACCGUUAUCGCCGGCGUGGGAUAUCUGCUUAUGCUGGCGGUCAUGUCUAUGAAUGUUGGUUAUUUCUUGUCCGUGCUCGGUGGCACUUUUCUUGGGAGUCUCCUCGUGGGGAGAUUCAUCAACUCGACAGAUCAUUAG